AUGGGCAUCAUGACCGCAACCUCCUCAACAAUCUUCAACUACCCCCCCGAAAUAAUCUACGACUUCGUCUCCAACCCCUCAAACUGGGGCCGCACCUACGCCGGCAGCUCCGGGCUGCCCCCAGGCCAAAACCUUUCUCUCCCCCUCAAAGUCGGCGACGUCUGGACCGAAAAAGUGGCUUUGCCAAACAACACCUACCACCCCAAAUGGAUCCUUGAAAUCGCGGAUCGUGGUCGCAAAUUCGCGUUUCGGCAGGUCAAUAAGAUUGCUGAGGGGGAGGAUGGAAGCGGUGGGGUGAAGGGGUACUGUUGGAUCACGUAUACGUUUGUGGAAGCUGGGUGUGGUUUGACGCUUUUCACAAGGAAUUUGACGUGUGAGCUUGAGAAGGGGGUGGAUGUGCCGGAGGAUCUUUGGGUCGCGAUGAGUAGGCCGAGUGGGAUUGACAAGUAUCACGAGAAGAUCAAGGGGUUGCUUGACGAGGAGAUGGGUGAAUAUAGAAUUUUGUCGGGUUGA